AUGUUCUUCCUUUCUCCUACUUGUAAUACUUUAUUCAAUCCACACUAAAUUAGUUACAAUAAUGGGAAUUUUUAGUGAUCGCGCUGUCAUAAUAGGUUAUUAUGAGGUUGGGUUAGAAUGUUAUCACGACACGAAUUUCGAAGAGGCAUACAGCAACUUUAUGUGCGCAGCACAACGAAACCAUGCCAUGUCACAGUAUUAUAUUGGUCAUUUAUACGAAUGCGGACUAGGAUUAAAGAUAAAUCGUCAACUCGCAUUGAAUUGGUAUAUCAAGUCCGGCGAUAACGGCUGCAGCGAUGCUCAGAUUGCUGCCGCGCUAUUGUAUUACCAUGGAGCCAAAGGAAUCGAUAUAAAUUAUAAAGAAACCGUACAUUGGCUGACAAGAGGUAUCGAAUACAGCCGUAAUGAAUGCGCAUAUUACCCUUACAUGAUCGGUAUGCUAUACGAACAAGGCAAAGGAGGUCCAAACGGAGUUGAACAGAAUUAUGAUUUAGCUCUGCAUUGGUACACACAAGCAGCAUCACUGGGGUGUGCAGAAGCUCAAUGUCAACUCGGUACAUUAUACCGUGAUGGAAAGGGGGUUCAUCGAGACUAUGGGAAGGCCUUGGAAUGGUUCUUGGAUGCUUCAAGAUUGGAUCUUGCAACAUCACUGUACAACAUUGGGGAAUUAUAUGAAAAUGGACAAGGCGUGCAGCAAGAUUACACAGAAGCAUUCCUAUGGUACACGAAAGCUUACAAUGCCUCUGGAUUAACAGAAGCCCCAUGCAAGAUUGGCGAAUUUUUUUAUUACGGUCGCGCAAUGAACAUCGACUACAAUCAAGCUCUUAUUUGGUUCCAAAACUCGGGUGAUAAUCCAAGCGCUCAAUACCACAUCGGUGUCAUUUACAUGGAAGGAAAAGGAGACGUCGAACAAAGUUACGAAUCAGCAUCACAAUGGUUUGCAAAAGCUGCGCUUUCAGGAAACACAUUGGCCCAGUACCAUUUAUCAACAUUAUAUUUCCAGGGACUUGGUGUGAACCGUGACCUUGAUACAGCCGUCUUUUGGCUAAAGAAAUCUGCAAUAAAUGGCUAUAUCGAAGCUUGCCGCAAAAUUGGUUUACUCUAUGUUAUUGGAGAAGAUGGAUUCGAAAAAAACUACAUAAAGGCCCUCGACUUUUUGUUAAAAUCACAAAACGAGGACUCUGCUGAUGACCCCUAUAACAUUGGCUUAAUUUUAUAUGAAGGUGGUUACGGUAUUGAGAAAGAUUUCAAGCAGGCUUUAAAAUGGUUUCUCAAAGCGGUUAGAAAUGGUUCUACAGAUGCUCUCUAUAAUAUUGGCACUAUCUACUUCCAAGGCGGUCAUGGUGUUGAAAGAGACUACCGAUCCUCUUUCGAAUGGUUUGUGAAAGGCGCAGGCGCUGGACACGCGGACUCGCAAUUUGGCCUGGGUCUAUUAUUUAAUUUACGCACUGACGAUGAGCAAGACUUCCAAAAAGCCUUAUAUUGGUAUGAUAAAGCUGCAGGACAGAAUCAUGCUGAAGCCCAAGCUCGCAUCGGUAUAAUCCAUGAAAAGGGUCAGGGGGUAUGCAGAAAUUACUCAGACAGUAUGACUUGGUAUAGAAAAGCUUCGCUUAGCGGUUUACCCUUAGCUUUUUCUAAUAUAGGCUGGCUCUAUCACAAGGGGUUUGGUGUACCACAGAAUCACAACAGGGCAUUUGAUAUGUAUCAACGAGCUUUAUUUUCCGAAGAUGACUUGGAUUGUCCCUAUGCUUUAAUUCGUAUAGGAUUGCUACAUCAAGACGGUCUAGGCGUAACCCAGAGUUAUGCUAAAGCCAUGGAGUAUUUCUUGAAGGCUGGUACUUCAGAUGCUUUCAACAAAAUUGGUGACAUGUAUAAAUAUGGAUAUGGUGUAAAUAUAGACUUUGAAGAGGCCUUCCGAUGGUAUUCCAAAUGCGCGCAGUGUAUUGACAAUCAUGAUGUUAGCGAGGAUGGCUUACUGAACCUUGCCGUUAUGUAUAUAGAGGGUCUAGGCACAAGUGUAAAUAUUGAGUUGGCAAUGUUGUACCUAAAAAAGUCGUUAAGAUACGGGAACUAUAAAGCUCAAGAUUAUAUCCAUACAAAUGACUUGACCCCAAGCAAUUCCGAUAAUGUGGAGACCAAUUAAAGUUUACUAAAUUGCCAACGCGGUAAUUUUUUCUUCCAAAAAUACAAGAUACCCUUCCCCUUUUAAAAAUUUAUCUCAUACUUUUCCUUACUCUUAAUUAAAAUUGUUUUUUUUUCUGCG